AUGAGAGACUUGAAACCACAGGAGAAGAAAGAUGUUCUUGAGAAGUUGAACUUUUUUAUUGGAGACAAUGUGAACAGGAUAAUCGACGAGAAGAACAAGAUAGUCUUACACAAUCAGCGUGUGAUGCUUGUUUCUGAAAAGGUUAAGGCAGCAACAUCUAUGAUUCCCAGGAAGUGUAUUGCAAUAGCUGGGACUGUGCUUGGCAAGUUUACGAAGACUGGGAAGUUCCGACUGAGAGUAUCUUCACUGCAUAUUUUAUCGCGGUAUGCAAUCCAUAGAGUCUGGAUUAAGAGCAGUGCUGAAAUGUGCUAUUUGUAUGGCAAUAACUCGUUGAAGUCGCAUGUUUUCCGGCUGUCUGAAGGAAUUCCUCAGAAUGCAGGUGUGGUGGUGUAUAAUCAGAAUGAUGUUCCUCUUGGGUUUGGAGUAACCUCACUGAGUGCACAAGCAUACUCAGCAGCGAAGGGCCAUGCACUUGUUCUUCUACGACAGGUAGAUGCAGGAUUGUAUAUUCGUGAUGAGGUGCAUGCUUUAUGA